AACAGAAUCUGAUAUAACUGCUACUAGUGUCACAAAAGAGGCAAUAUCUCCAACUGAUACUGAAGCAACAACAGAGUCUGAUAUAACUGCUACUAUUGUCACAACAGAGGCGGUAUCACCAACUGAUACUGAAGCAACAACAGAAUCUGAUAUAACUGCUACUAGUGUCACAAAAGAGGCAAUAUCUCCAACUGAUACUGAAGCAACAACAGAGUCUGAUAUAACUGCUACUAGUGUCACAACAGAGGCGGUAUCUCCAACUGAUACUGAAGCAACAACAGAAUCUGAUAUAAUUGCUACUCAUGUCACAACAGAGGCGGUAUCACCAACUGAUACUGAAGC